GUUUAAACUGAUCCAAUGCAGUGACCUGUUGCUGUUGCUAGAUUGAAUCUUCCCAAUGAUGGAGGCAGCCGUGUCCGUUAGCGCCGCAACCGGUAAAGAGACCGUCAGAACCGAGCCGAACUUCGGCGCCGAACCGCACCACGACCUCGCCGCCGAGCAGGGAGAGUAUGGGUACUGGGCCCACGGAGAAAGCGCGGAUCCGGGGGAUCCGGGUGAAGAAGAAGCCGCGGCGGGGUUAGAGAGCCGCCGAAGGUUAGAUGAGGAGCUCUCGCCGCUCAGUCCGGAGGAGAUUGAAAACCGGCUGGAGCGGACCCAGAGGGAGUUUUGUAACCGUCGGAAAAUCAUUAUAAAAAACCUGCCGGCUGAUGUCACAAACCAGGAGGUCCAUGAUCUGUUAAGCAAUUAUGACUUGAAAUACUGCUUUGUGGAUAAAUAUAAAGGAACAGCUUUCGUGACGCUGCUGAACGGCGAACAAGCCAAGUCCGCCAUCAAGGAGUUCCACCAGUACCCUCUACGGGACAGGGAGGUCUCUGUGCAGCUCCAGCCCACGGACGCCUUGCUGUGCAUCGCCAACCUGCCCCUGUCCUGCACGCAGCAGCAUUUCGAGGAGCUGGUCCGGCCCUUCGGCAACCUGGAGCGCUGCUUCCUGGUCCAUAGCGAGCUCACGGGCCACUCCAAGGGCUACGGCUUCGUGGAGUACAUGAAGAAGGACUCGGCCGCCCGGGCCAAGUCAGAACUGCUGGGCAAGCAGCUGGGCACGCGCACGCUGUACGUGCACUGGACUGAAGUGAACUCCCUCACCUACCCGCUGCUCCACUCUCGCUGCCUGUGCGUGGACAGGCUGCCCCGUGGGCUUAAAGACGUGGAAGACUUGAAGGAAGUGUUCGCUGAGUUCCACAUGCCUAUAUUUUGCCAACUGGCUCAGGGACAGGAUGCCCAGUUCAGGCGCUUUGCAGUGUUGGAGUUUGAGACGCCAGAGAUAACGGAGAUGGUCCAGAAGAGUACAGACGGGCUGGCUUUUGGCAGGAGCCACAUCCGGGUGUCCUUCUGCGCGCCCGGGCCCCCGGGACGAAGCAUGCUGGCAGCGCUCAUAGCAGCACAGACCAUGGCACUGAAUAGAGGAAAGGGGCUGCUUCCCGAGCCAAACCUAAUGCAGAUUCUCAGCAGCCUCAACAACCCCACCACUCUGAAGCUCCUGAUGAACCCUCUUCUGCAGGCACCCCCAGGGAGAAAACACGGUAACAAGCAUGGAAUUCUUGGAGCUGCUCCCACGGUGCCUUUCCUGGGAAACCCUGCCCUGUCUGGAGCUCUCCUGCAGCUCCUGCUACAGAACCAGAACCAGCUGCAACAGAACGUCUUGCUCGGGAACCCUCUGCUCCUGCAGAGUCUUGUUUGGACACGGCUGCUGCAGAAUAAGGAAAACCAGGCAGUCCUGAGUCACCCCGGUAUCAUGGGAGAUUCUCCUCAUGCAGUUUUACCGCAGCAGAAUGUAUUGCAGCAAGGACUGGCUAUGCUGGGGGAUCUAGCUGCAGCUGGUCUGUCUCCUGAUGUUCCCUCUGGACCAAUGAAGUCUCCCAACACAUUCUACGGGCUCCGUGGAGUCCCGACAGAUAGAGAGUCCCCCACAGCAAUGGGGGAGCACCAUCAUCCGCAGGCCAACCAGCCUCCAGCCCUUCAGGGCAUGGGCAGCCCGCUGCUGGGGUCUAUUCUAGGAGGGAUGCAACAGCAGAGCCAGAGUCUGUCUGGGGACAGUGGCUCUGCAUUGUCUGGGGUUUCAAUAUUGGGAGAACCACCUAAAGACUUGAAGAUUCCUCAGAACCCGUUCCUAAACAUCCAGAGUGUGUUUCCAAGCGUGGGCAUGCAAGCUGUGAACUCCAGACCACACCCCUACAGAAAGAAGCCAGGGAUUUUGGGGAGCAUGUCCAAUCCUAGAAUUGCGCAGAAUUCCCAUUCUGAUUUUGCGGUUCCUUCUAGCAGUAGAUACCAGGAUAACUAUGCCUUUGGAGAAUACAAACAGGAUUCCUUGUCACAUGUGUACCAACACCAUGAGCCUGCUGACCCUACAUCAAUGAGAGGGUAUGGCCACCACAGACAAAAGGGGCUCUAUCGCUCCAGCUACAGUGAACAUAACCAGUUUGGUCCCUCUCCUGUGCCGCCACCCCCUCCCUUUAACCCGGGGUCUCCCUCUUCAUACUUCAACAGUGGCUUCAAGGCUGGACUCCAACAGUCUCACCUCAAUAAGGCGGUGGGAAUGCCUCCAGUGUCCCAUGGGGGUGGAAUGUACGGGUAUGGCCUUAACGUUUCUCCUCCAGGGCAUAUACUAAAGACGCCGAUUGGAGGGCAGAAGCGAGUGUUCUCUCGCCUCAUCCCUUCCCCGGAGCCCAGUCCUGAAGGAGGCUACGUGGGCCAGCAUUCCCAGGGUCUAGGAGGGCACUACGCAGACUCUUACCUGAAGAGGAAAAGGAUAUUUUAAGCGGAGCCCUGGAGUAGCAGAAGUGUGUUACAUUGUACUAAUCAUCUGUGUGUGUGUUUGUUUUUUGGUGAUGGUCUGACUUUCACCAAGUGAAAGUCCUACUUCUACAGUAGUUGUAUUCCAGACCAGCUCUUAAACUGUGAUUUCUUUCCCAAGGUCUUUUAAUUAGAAGUCUUUUUUUCUCCCCAUUUUAUUGAGGUUUUAUUUUUGUGUGUGUGUAAAGGUUUAUUAGAUUUUUACCUUUUUUUGUUUAUUUGGAUUUGUAUUUAAACAUAUUUUGGUUUAUUUGGCGUCACAAAGUUUAAAAUUGACUGAGCCUUUAUUGGACUAUUAUUGAAUGUUAUGUUGCGUGAGCAAAGCCCAAGUGUUUUAUUCUUUAACUUUUUAUCAUUGUUUGUGUGAGAAAUAAGGAAAUAUUAAUUUACCUUUGUUUAAUUUGGCUUUACGGUGUCUUUUUUACUUUUUUUUAAGUUAGUGAUGGGAAAAGAAAUGUAUUUGUUUGUACGUUGUCCAUGUAAAUCUGUCUUGAGUUAAUGUCUUAGUUAAAGAAUGUUACCUAUUUCCCAUCACCCCCAAAACUGUUGGCUUUUUACAGUCUUCUGGGGGUGUGAUGGUAAUAUUGUGCUCUGUCUUAUUUUCUUUAGGUUUUGUUAGUUGUGUGUGUGUUUUUUUUUUUUUUUUUUUUUUUUUUAAUAUGCAGCAUCUUUCCAGACAUGGUACAUAAUUUCUAUUUUUACACUGAAUGUAUUUUCCCUUAUUUGAUAAUAUCGGAAGAAAAGUAAUGUUUUUCUAAAACAGGAUUUCAAUGAUCAGAGUGUGAAUCUUUCUGCUGUUUCUAGCAUCUUGUCAUUUACUGGUUUAUUGCAUAGUAAAAUACUGCGCGGUUUCUUAAAUCUUCUGCAAGCUGGUAUUGCUGACAUUAGUCUAAUUUUUGAAGUUCACUGAUCAGACAGGUCCUGAAGCAGCAGGAUUUUGUCCACAAUAAGCUAGUUGCAAUGCUGGAGGUCUGGCACCUGAAGUUCUUAAAAUAAUGAAUUGUCAGGUGGUUGCUGCUUUUUAAAAAUAGAUUUAAUAUUUUUUUUUGUUUUCUUUUUAAUUGUCUUACCUUCUAAUUUCAGUCGACAGCAUGCAAACUGUCAAGCCUAAACCUUUUUUUUUUUUUUUGCAUUCUGUUUACUCUGGUAAUGGCAGCUGUCGUUUUGCACGUGACGAACAAAGAAGUGUUAUUCUCUUGAAGCCCAGUUUGCAAUCCUUUUUUAUGCGCCAUUGGAAAUGCUUUCCACUGUCUUUCCUGACAUGUUACUAGAGGCACUUAACUGUGUUGAACAUCUCUACCUAUCUCUCCUACGUGGUGCAUUCACUGACAAAAAUCACUGAUGCCUUUCCAGGAUCGGAACUGCACUUCAGCAACAAAGAAUACUGUUGUACAUUUCAAUUGCUGUUCAAAUACAAUAGCCAUGUUGCAGUAACAAUUAAAUACUUUUUUUUUUCGUAUAUGUAUUGCAGCUAUUUUGCAUCUGGUUCUUAUUUUAUCUUAACAAGUCUCUGGGAAAACAAAUGCAUGUAACCAAACGCAAGCUGUUGCUAGUUUUCAAUUUGAAAGUGUGUCCAUUCUUUUUAUUUAUACCUGCUAUACUGUUGAAUGCUAGAAGCCUCAUUUCUCUGAUCUACAGAUCUCCUGUAGGAAUGUAUAUAUCUCUUGCACAUUUCUUUUUGUUUUUGAAGUGUUAAUUUGACCUCCCCCUGUCAACGUAACUGGACAGAACUUUUAGUUUUUAUUAUUAUUUGUAAAGGUUGGGUUAUGUGUUCUAUCUAUUGUAUGGACCAAUUGAUCUUUUGAACAAAUACUUUCACUGGAAUGUUGAUCUCUGGAAUUUGAAAAGGUUUGGAAUAAGUAAAAUUAAUUUAAAAAACAAA